UUUUUUUUUGAGACAGCAUCUCACUCUGUCACCCAGGCUGGAGUGCAGUGGCACAAUCUCAGCUCCUGUCCCCGGCGCUGGAGUGCAAUGGCAUGAUCUCGGCUCACCGCAAACUCUGCCUCCUGGGUUCAAGCAAUUCUCAUGCCUCAGCCUCCUGAGUAGGUGGGAUUACAGGCGCCCGCCACCACGCCCGGCUACUUUUUUGUAUUUUUAGUAGAGAUGGGGUUUCACCAUAUUGGCCAGGCUGUUCUUGAACUCCUGAUCUUAGGUGACCCACCUGCCUUGGCCCCUUGAAGUGCUGGGAUUAUAGGUGCGAGCCACUGCGUGCGGCCAGUUUUUUAUUUUGGUAGAGGUGGAGUCUCGCCAUGUUGCCCAGGCUGGUGUGGAGCUCCUGGUCUCAAGCGAUGCUCCUGCCUUCAUCUCCUGAGUAGCUGGGACUACAGGCACACCCCACACUGUUAGCCUGAGACAGCUACAGGGAAAGGUCGCAGGAAGAGUGUUGGGCUCAGACACCCAAGAGGCCUCUUUUUUUCCAGGAAGCCACUCACCAAUCAACAUCCAGACUCCACAUUGGGCCCAGGUCUCAGUGGUCAUCUGCAUCAUCAGGUAAACAUGCGCAGAGAUGCUGACCAGAGGAGAACAGGCAACAGGGGGACCUGCAGGCAAAGCGUUAACCAGUCUUGCUGUGUCACCCAGGCUGGAGUGCAGUGGCGCGAUCUCAGCUGAAUGCAACAUCCGCCUCCUGGGUUCAAGCGAUUCUCCUGCCUCAGCCUCCUGAGUAGCUGGGAUUACCGGCACACACCACCAUGCCCGGCUAAUUUUUGUAUCUUUAGUAGAACCAGAAUUUCACCAUGUUGGUCAGGCUGGUCCCGAACUCCUCACCUCAAGUGAUCCACCCACCUUGGCCUCCCAAAGUGCUGGGAUUACAGGUGUGAGCCACCUCACCUGGCUCAAUGCCUGUUCUGAGCCCAGGACACCCGAGAACCAGGCAGCAGACAGGGAGAGAGCAUCCAGCACUGACCUGGAGGAAAGGGCACAGAGGGUGCCGACGGCCACAGCGUAUCUGAUGGGGGCCCAUCCAAUGUGGACAAAAGCCUCCGGCAAGGGGUUCUCGGGACAUGUCAGGUAGUAGGGGCACCAUGAGGGUGAGCGCCGCUGAGACACCAAAAUAGGCCAAGAAGCAGAUGAAGAUCGAGGUCGCAGUGCCCAAGGGGAUGGAGCGGUGAGGGUGGAGGCGGUGAGGGUGGAGGGCUCCUUCUCCUGCGGGACAGGUAUAUGCACUGGGCCAGGAAAAUGCACAGAAGUGAAGGUACAAAACCCUCUUCCCUCUUCCCCAUCUGAGAGCAGGGUAGCCUUUAAUGAAACCUGUGCCCAGCGGCAGCCCAAACUGUGCCCAAACCCCUGAUGAGACAGAAUGACCGUGUUACCUGUGGUGGCGACGCCAUCAUAACCCACAAAUGCAAAGAAACACGUGGCUGCUCCAUGGAGAAUCACGCCAAAGCCAAAAGGCACAAACCCUCCAGAGCCCAGGGAGCCCAAGCUAUGGGGACAAAAGGAACAAGAAACAUUGGCGCACAUCUGGAUUAGAAGAUGCCAGGCUCAGAGGAUCUUCGUAAAGGCAAGGACCAGAUGCAUUCACACAGGAAACGAACCAUGUUCACUAAGAAGCAACUGGAAGAUCUGAACAUCUUGUUCAAUGAGAACCCAUACCCAAACCCCAGCCUUCAGAAAGAAAUGGCCUCGAAAAUAGACAUACACCCAACAGUACUGCAGGUCUGGUUCAAGAAUCACAGAGCAAAACUCAAGAAAGCGAAAUGCAAGCAUAUUCAUCAAAAACAAGAAACUCCACAACCGCCAAUAGCAGAGGGUGGGGUCUCCACCAGUGUCGGCCCGAGAAAUGCAGACACACUACCCAGAUUGCCCAGCGCUGCUCACCCGAUCGGCCUGGUGUACACGGGUCAUCGAGUCCCCUCGUUCCAGCUCAUCCUGUACCCCAACCUCAAGGUCCCUGCAAAUGACUUCAUUGGCCACAGAAUAGUCCAUUUUGGCUGCUGCCGAGAUCCUAAUAUAUACUGCCUCUACCCCAUUUUGGAAUCCCAAGUUUGCGCUCCAACCUUCCAUUCUGGCUCUCCUGCCUGUUCAUCUAACGAAAGUCGAGAGAGAUGAUAAAUACAAAAAGUCACAUGUUGUAAUGGUGUGUGUGUGGUACUGUGACAUUUGCA